UGUUCCACCUCCUGCACAUUAAUGCCUUGUUAACAUGGACGGAAAGAAGUUGGAGUACAAAGGUGAGGCUGCGUUGGAGGAGAUUGAGAAGCUUACAGAGAAAGCUGACGAAGUUCAAGAAAGCAUAUUGAGAGAGAUUUUAAUUCAAAAUGGGCAAACUGAGUAUUUAAGCAAGUAUAUCAAGGGAUCAAAGGAUGUAAAGGAAUUUAAGUAUUGUGUACCUGUCAUUACUUACAAGGAUAUGUAUCCAUAUAUCCAAAGAAUUGCUAAUGGAGAAGACUCCUCUCUUAUUACUGGUCGUCCUAUAACUGAGAUGUUAUGCAGUUCAGGGACUUCAGCCGGAGAGCCUAAGUUAAUGCCAUCCAUAAAUGAAGAUCUAGACCGCCGCACGUUCAUAUAUAAUCUCGUCAUGCCGAUCAUGAACCAGUACAUCUCUGGUUUGGAUGAAGGUAAGGCCAUGUACCUGUACUUUGUCAAGGAAGAAAUGUCCACUCCUUGUGGCUUACCAGCUCGAACUGUGCUAACUAGUUACUACAAAAGUAAGCACUUCAAGUGCCGAGCACGCGAUUCAUUCAAUGAUUUUACUAGCCCGGACCAAGCCAUCUUGUGUAAAGACAGUGAUCAGAGCAUGUAUUGCCAGUUGUUAUCUGGUCUAGUUUAUCGUCACCAAGUCCUGAGGAUAGGAGCUGUGUUUGCAUCAGCUUUGCUCCGAGCCAUUUCGUUCCUAGAACGCAAUUGGGUUCACCUGUGCAAUGAUAUACGCAAUGGUGAACUGGAUCCUAUGAUCACAGAUCCUGAGUGCCGCUCAUGUAUGUCGAUGAUUCUGUCAUCACCUAAUCCGAGUCUUGCAGAUGAAAUUGAGGAGAUUUGCAGCCGCCCAUCAUGGAAGGGUAUUUUGUGUCUCCUUUGGCCCAGGACUAAAUAUAUUGAAGCAGUGGUGACAGGGUCUAUGGCACAAUAUGUACCAUCCCUUAAGUACUACAGUGAGAGGAAGUUACCUUUGGUGUGCACCAUGUAUGCCUCUUCUGAGUGUUACUUUGGUGUCAACUUGAAACCCUUGAGUGAUCCUGCGGAAGUGUCAUUUACCCUCAUGCCUAAUAUGUGUUAUUUCGAGUUUAUACCUCUGGGAGAGAACGGAACAUUGUUGAUGGAUGUUGACGAGGAAGAAAAGGUCCCCAUCCAUAAGCUUGUUGAUUUGGUGCAUGUUAGACGUGGCUGUUAUUAUGAGUUGGUGGUCACCACCUUUGCUGGGCUAUAUCGUUAUCGCAUCGGUGAUGUGCUUCAAGUGACAGGAUUCCACAAUCAGGCUCCACAAUUCCGAUUCAUUUGCAGGAGAAAUGUGGUUCUCAGCAUUGACAAUGACAAAACCAACGAGGAAGAUCUUCACAAGAGCAUUUCAACAGCAAAGAAAUUACUCGAGCCUUACAAUGCGAUACUCGUGGAAUACACUAGCUAUGCAGAAACACUAGUCGUACCGGGGCACUAUGUAUUGUAUUGGGAAAUCUUGCAUCACUCAUCAGUGGUCAACCACAACCAGACCCCACUUGAUGCUGAGGUAUUCCAAGAAUGUUGCAUAGCUGUGGAAGAGGAGCUUGAUUAUAUAUAUAGGCGAUGCCGCACCCAUGACAAGUCUAUAGGACCGCUGGAGAUACGAGUGGUGGAGCCUGGCACAUUUGAGGCACUGAUGGAUUUGUUCAUUGGCCAAGGCGGAUCAAUCAAUCAGUAUAAAACGCCAAGGUGCAUCAAGUCUAAUGCUGCACUUAUGCUGCUUAAUUCUCACGUGAAAGCGUCAUUUUUUAGUGCUAGAGAUCCUGUCUGGAUCCCUUAAUUCUGUCAUGGAUCUUAUCCUUAGUUAAUCUCCGGCUUAUGCUAGUGCCACUGCGCUCUAUGAUGUAGGGUUUUCUAAUAUUUGCUUUGCUGCUUGUGAACCAAGUCAUCAUUUCUAAUAUUAAGGGAAAAAAAUCUAGAAUCUUUUUCGUAUUAA